AAAGACCUCAUCCCUGAAGACCGGAUCCACCGCACACAAGUCAUAAGCCAGACCCUCAGCCCAGUGUGGGACGAGACAUUUAUCCUGGAGUUUGAAGACAUGGAGACAGCCAGCUUCCACCUGGACAUGUGGGACUCGGAUACAGUGGAGUCGGUGCGGCACAAGCUGGGGGAGCUGACGGACCUCCACGGCCUCAAACGGAUCUUUAAAGAUGCUCGCAAAGACAAAGGGCAGGACGAUUUCCUGGGGAACGUGGUCCUUCGGCUGAAGGACCUGCACUGCUGGGAUGACCGGUGGUACCAGCUGGAGCCACGGACGGAGACGUACCCCAACCGGGGACAGUGUCACCUGCAGUUCCGGCUGACUCACAAGAAGAGGGCCACCACGAGCAGCCGCACUCAGCCCAGUUACACUGUCCAUCGCCACCUCCUGCAGCAGCUGGUGUCCUACGAGAUCCUGCAGCACCAGGCGGGGAGCAUGGCCUGGGACGGGGAGCUGAGCAGGCACGCCAGCACUGUGCUGUACCUGCACGCCACGCAGAAGGACCUCUCUGACUUCCACCAGGUCAUGGCGCAGUGGCUGGCAUACAGCAAGCUCUACCAGAGCCUCGAGUUCAACAGCAACUGCCUGCUCCACCAGAUCACCAGCAUCGAGUACCAGUGGGUGCAGGAGCGCCUGAGGCCGGAGCAGAAAGCAGAGCUGGCCGAGUCCUUCCAGUCCCUGCUGACCUACGGGGUCUCCCUCAUCCGGAGGUACCGUAUCAUCUUCCCUCUCACUGUCCCGAGGUCCACGGAGAGGCUCCAGUCCCUGCUCCGGGUCCUGGUCCAGAUGUGCAAAAUGAAAGCUUUCCACGAGCUGUGCACACCCAGCCCCAACCUCCCCCAGAUGGUCUCCACAGCGCUGAAGUCAGGCACGACAGAGUGGUUCCACAUGGAGAAGCAGCACCUCAAGCCCAUGGUGAAGAGCAUGGAGGAGAAUGGCAAAGCCUUAUCCAGACUCCUCCUGGAGGUGAUAGGAGAUCUCCAGCAGUGCCAGAAAAUCUGGAAUAAAUUCUUCAUCAACACCUUGAAGUUGAAUCUCUUCUUCAUCGCCUACAUGGAGCUGGAGAGCCUGGUUGCAGAGCACGUCCAGGAGCAGCUGCGGGAGGUUGACAGCAGCAUGUCCAAGCCCACAGCCGAGAGCCUCUUCCAGCUCUACAUGAACCUGCAGGAGCUCUAUCGGAUGAAGGACUUCCUCCCAAACAGGGAUGGACCUCUGGCUCUGAGCAAUUUCCACCAGUGGUUCAAGGAAGCUGUGCCCCAGUGGCUGCAGAAAACCUACACCAUUGCUCUGGAGAGGGCACAGAGAGCUGUCCAGAUGGAUCAGCUGACGCCCUUUGGGGAGCACAACAAGCACAGCACGUCCACCGUUGACCUGUCCACCUGCUAUGCCCAGAUUGUGAAGACCUGGCAGCAGCUCAACUGGCCAGACCCUGAGGAAGCCUUCAUGAUCAUGGUGAAGCUCGUGGAGGACAUGUGCAGAAUCGCCCUGAUGUACUGUCGGCUCGUCAAGGAGAGGGCUGAGGUUCUGUCGCUGAGGGAGCAGAGCGAGGGCGAAGCCGCCAACAGGCUCUGCAUCGUGGUGAACAACAUCAAGCAGCUGCGGCUGCUGAUCCUGAAGCUGCCGACACAGCUGGACUGGGCACAGCUGGAGCAGCGCACGGGGGCCGUCAUUGACCGGCAGCAGAUCCAGCACACGCUGCACAACCAGCUCGACAGCACUGUCUCCUGCCUGGACCACGAGGUCCGGGAUGUGGUGCAAGCUCUGGCCACCAAGCUGGAAAAGGGCAUCGCCAGACACAUCCAGGAGCUCUCAUCUUCCAACGACACCCAGGAGCCUGAGGAUUCCAUCAUCCCGCUGAUGAAGUUCCUGGAGUCAGAGCUGCAGUAUCUCAAUGAGCAUCUGGUCCAGGAGAACUUCAAAAGCCUCCUCACCCUCCUCUGGCAUCAUACCUUGGCCGUGCUGUCGGCAGCCGCAGGGCAGCAGGUCCCCUCGGCCCAAUGCUACAAGAAGCUGCACUGUGCCCUGAAGAGCCUGAAGUUCUGCUUCCACGGCGAGGGCUGCGGGCUGCCGCUGGAGACCCUGCACACUGCAGCCUUCCUGUCGCUGGAGACCCACCUGGCCCUCUGCUCCACCACCAGCCGCAAGCUCAUCCAGAAAUACUUCAGCAACAGGAUCCAGCAGCAGCUGGACACCAGCGUGGAGAAGUACGGGGCCGUGACCAUCAAGGCGCUGUACCGCCCUUCCGAGCAGAAGCUCCGCGUGGAAGUGCUCAACGCCGCCAACCUCAUCCCGCUGGACUCCAACGGCUCGAGUGACCCGUUUGUCCAGCUCACCCUGGAGCCCCGGCACGAGUUCCCCGAGGUGGUGGCCCGGACCACCCAGUGCAAGAGGAACGAGCUGCACCCCCUCUUUGACGAAGCCUUCGACUUGUGC